GAUCGACGCAAGCGCCGUGAGUGCACCAGGGCUGUUGCUGUGGGGACGGCUCCGCCGGACCCCAGCUCUACGGGGACCCACGCACGCUGGCCUGGGAGGAGGCUUGCCCAGCUCCCGCUCUCCACCUCCACUUCCAGCCUCCUGCCUGGCAGUUCACUCCACAGUCACGUCUGCGGUUCUGUGGCUGCCGCCUUUUCCUGCAGCGCCAGGCUCCGUCCAGCCUCAAAGUCGAGUUAAGUGCUGCCUCUGUGCACUGCGGUUGGGUCAGAACAACCCCCUCAUGGAGGUUUCAGACGUUGGCCUGGAGAAGAUGCAAUUUUAUGUACUCCUCUAAGGGAAGUCAUUAUGUGACUAACACAUUUUCAUCAGAUUUCUUCUGAUUUACCUUGAAGUGUAUGUGAGAAUGAUGUGCACUGCCAAGAAAUGUGGAAUUAGGUUCCAGCCUCCAGCUAUUAUCUUAAUCUAUGAGAAUGAAAUGGAGGGGAAAAGUCGCCAGCGCAUCAUGCCCGUCCGAAACUUUUCAAAGUUUUCAGAUUGCAACAGAGCUGCUGAACAAUUAAAGAAUAAUCCACGACACAAGAGUUACCUGGAACAAGUGUCCCUGAGGCAGCUAGAGAGGUUAUUCAGUUUUUUACAAGGUUACUUGUCGGGACAGAGUUUGGCAGAAACAAUGGAACAAAUUCAACGGGAAACAACCAUUGAUCCUGAGGAAGACCUGAACAAACUAGAUGACAAAGAACUUGCCAAAAGGAAGAGCAUCAUGGAUGAACUUUUUGAGAAAAAUCAGAAGAAGAAAGAUGAUCCAAAUUUUGUUUAUGACAUCGAAGUUGAAUUCCCACGUGAUGAGCAACUGCAGUCCUGUGGCUGGGACACAGAGUCAGCUGACGAGUUCUGAUACCCAAAACAAAACAUGUAUUGGGCUAGCAGAAAAUCCAUGCUUAUACAGAGGAUGUAGAUUGGUUCUAGAAAAAUUCGUACAGAACACUAAUUGUACAUGUGGGGUCAUAUUUGGAUUGACCAGCACAUGUGGAGCAUCUACUGUAUAGGCGCAUGAGGAAUAUAGGGAAAACAGAAUGUAGGAGUCUUCCUUUUAGGAGCUUACAAUCUAUUUGGAAAAUAAGUCAAAAACUUGUGAAAAACUAAUUAGCAGUAUUGGCAGCAAAAAGAUUAAAGCCAAGUGUUUGAUAAUGGCUAAAGAGGGGAAGAGCCUAGAUUACUGUAGAGUAGAAUAGCCAGGAAAGACUGUCCUUUACUGGUGAAAUGAGAUUUUGUGUGACUUUUGAAAUGGUGGUAUUUGGAUAGAAGGUUAUAUAGGAUUCCAGAUGAGAGAAACUGGGAGGGGAGAGAAUGGGGGGAGGGUAAGUAAAGAGAUAGGAAUUCGAAAAUUUUAAUUGAGAAACAGCAAAUUUUAGUUUGAUGAGAUUGGAAGGCACAUAUGGUUACCAGGGGACUACCCUGUAUGCAUUAUAUCUUUAUAAGUAUUUAACUGUUUUAUAUGUAUUUAACUCUGGAGUAGAAGAGGACUCCUACACAAUGCCCUGAAGCUGCAAGCGCAUGUCAUUUGGUGGACAGCGGUGGAAUUCUGCCUCUCCGGUAUCAGGAAAUACAUACCAAAGACAUUCUGAAACCCCAAACCUCUUCCCAUAACUAAGAGGUUUGUUUUUAAAAUGGGAACUCUACCCAUAAUAAAUGAACAAUAGGCACUGCCAGUUUAGGCUUAUUGAGCUUGGAUUUACAAAGAGAAGAUCUUUGUUGAACAAAGCUAUGUGUGUGCAGCUAUACCUUCUUAUUAGAUUAUUAUUUAAUUGGUGGAAAUCCUAUGUAUUCUGCAAGGAAAUAACUUAUUAAAUAAAAUUGUAAAAAUUA